AUGGAUUUUGAUCCCCUUGCACAGCAACAAUCAGAUCGGAUUUUCCAGGUGUGGAUACAGAAUUUGGUUAAACAUUCACCAGAGGAACUGGCAGGGAAACUAGCUUCCCGACAUUGCCCUGGCACACCAGCAACAGCGUCCCGACUUUCGAACGGCGCCUUCAACAUAUGUUAUCGAGUCACUUUCAAGGAAGGACUUCGCGUUGUGGUCCGCUUUGCUGCCCUUGGCCGGGUCAUCGCUCGCCGUGAAAAGGUCGAGGAUGAGGUCGCUGUCAUGGAAUAUGUUGCCAAGCAUACAGAAAUCCCUGUCCCAAAGGUCCUCGGGUCUGGUAAUUGUGUGGUUGGCCCCUAUAUUGUGAUGGAUUUCAUCGAUGGAAAUCCAUUGAGCGAGCACCUCCGAGAUCCAUCUCAGGAGACAGCAACGUUGAACCCGAGUAUUCCUAUGUCUGUGCUGAAGAGAGCUUAUUUCGGAAUGGCGGAAGUCCUGCUCGAGCUUUCGAAACCUGAGUUUCCGUUUAUUGGAGCCAUCAGACAGGACGAGCUCGGGAAUUGGGUUGUGCAAAAACGGCCCCUCACAUUCAACAUGAAUCGACUCGCCCAGUUUUCUAACAUCCCCUUCCAUGUGUUUGAGCGACGACGUUUCAAUAAUGCAGCAGAGUACUUUGAGGAGCUCGCCUCUCACCAUCUCCACCACUUUGAAUUUCAACGCAAUGAUGCGGUUACAGACGAGGCCGACUGCCGCAAGAAAUAUAUCGCACGCUGUCUCUUCCGUAAGUUGUCGCGGGAGAUUUCUAAAGAACACUGCAACGGUCCUUUCCGUAUCUUCUGCGAUGAUCUUUGCCCAGAUAAUGUCCUGAUUGGUCCAAACCUUGUCGUCACUGGAGUUGUCGAUUGGGAGUUUGCCUAUGCUGCCCCUGUCGAGUACACAUACGCCGCUCCUUGGUGGCUCUUAUUAGAGCGUCCGGAAGAUUGGGAGCCAGACCUGAACCAGUUCUUGGUGCGCUUUAUGCCAAGGUUCCGCACUUUCCUUGAUGCGCUUAAAGAUUGUGAAACUGGGAAAAUUAAGCGCGGUACUUUGUCAGAAUCCCAGCGACUAUCAGCCACCAUGGAGAGGUCGUUUGAGACAGGGCUGUUUUGGAUCUGUCUUGCUUCGCGGCACAGCUCUAUGUUUGAUGAAAUUUAUUGGAAUUACAUUGAUCAAACGUUUUUUGGUUCAUUCACGACACUUGAAGAUCGACUUCAUCUGUUGAGCGCAGAAGAGCGGAACCGUAUAGAUAUUGUCGUGAGGGAGAAAACGAAGCAGGGCAUUCGACCCUCCACAAACCUCAGUCGAGUCGCCAGCACAGGGCGUCGCACAGCCCGAUGUAAGCGCACCACCAUUGUCAAUCGAGUUCCCACAGAAGCACUGCGUGCCAAACUCCAUGCCCGCAUACAGAUACCCACCCGCCUCACAGGCCGCCUGGCACUUCUCCACCGUGUUGCCCGCAACAUUAUACGAGACGGCCAGCGUGCGCGCCUUGGUCGCGUCGGAAUAGCAGCCCAGACUCUGCCAGACGGGCACGACAGCGUACAGGCUGAGCGCGUUGGAGCCGCCGCAGACCUGCGAUCCGGCCGCGGGACAGGCAAUGUUACACUGCGACGCGGCGACAGCGGCGCCGUUGUUCAUGAUCGCCGUGCCGCAGAAGCAUUGCGUUCCGAACUCCAUGCCUGCAUAGGUGAAGCCGGCCUGGGCGCAGGCCGCCUGGCAGGUUUGCACCGUGUUGCCCGAGACGAGGAUGGAGGUGUUGAGGGUGCGGUGGUUUGUGUCGUCCGAGUAGCAGCCGAGGCUGCGCCAGCGGAGCGUCGUGUCGAUUCCGCAGACGCCGUAGCCGGUUUGGCAGCCUGCGCCGCAGUAGACGGGCUGGCUGCCGCAAUAACCGAAUUGGCUGCAGCAGUUGCCGAAGGCGCUGCCGGCGCAGGUUGCGCUUCCGUUGUAGGCGCCGCAGAGUCCGUUGAGGGAGACGGAUUGUCUGGGGAGGAGUGCGUUCUAUCGUAUGGUUUACUCGUUAGUUGA